AUGCCCAAGAAAAUGCGUGUCCCUGCUCUGCCUCGCUUUUUUUCUGCCUUGGAAUCUGUAUCCUUUACUAUGCACCCACCUAAUCCACACUCUGAACCUUUGCUGUCUGAGGUUCCUUCAUUUUCCUUCUUUGACUUUCAUUCGUUUCUAACGCUAUACUUGCAAAACACUAACCAACCACUCGCUUUGAUCACGUCAUGGAACCCAGUAUUCACCGCCUCUCCGCUUUCGUCUUCAAUUUCGUUGCAUGAGAUGCCACAAGGUGUGGGCCGACAGGGGAGUCGCCGACUUGCUAUUCGGUUAAUGACUGAUCACGAUCGAACACAGACCCUCCAGCAGAGUUCAUUGGUUUCUACCAGCGGCGCAGCCCUUCAGCAUUUCGGUCAAGGUGUUUUUCGUCCCCCGUGA